AUGGCAAAUACGUACAUGUAUUCUCCGCUCCCGCAAAAGGCUAUACGCCUUCUUCGAUUCACCUCAGACGCCGCAACCAAGUAUCUUGAGUACGAAUUGGCCGUUUUUCCACUUGCCGGGGCUCCCAAAUUCAACGCGCUUAGCUAUUUCUGGGGCGGCGAUGGCAGAUCAGUAUCUAUUCGAUGCAAUGGAUGCGAAUUGAUGAUCAACCCGGUCCUUACGGGGGCCUUGCAGGAUCUGACCGAGCUCGAUCGUGGUGGCGUCGAAUGGAUCUGGAUUGAUCAAGUUUGCAUCAAUCAGGCCAACAUCUCAGAGCGUGGAAGUCAGGUUGACAUGAUGAAGGCCAUCUACCAAACCUCCGAGAGAACGAUUAUCUGGCUGGGUGCAAAGAUCCCUGGUAUCGGAGCCGUCGGAACGCUGCUAGAGAAACUGUCGCAUCUCUACAACCGGGAUCUCGAACGGAGCGGUAAUCGGAAGCGGCGGCGUUAUACGAUUGACGAAUACAAGGCGGCAGGCCUGCCUUAUCAUGAGGAUCCAUCAUGGGAUGUCCUCGGGGAUAUUCUCUCACGCCCAUGGUUUACCAGGUCUUGGGUUAUACAAGAAGCGGUCCUCUCAAAGGUUACCCCCCAGAUGCUCUGUGGAACACAUGAGCUGUCGUGGGAAUCCAUCUUAUCUUCGGCAACAUGGCUCGCAUCGAUGUGUUACAAGUUAACUCCUCUAAACCUUCGACCAAUAACCGUAGCGGCUUUAAGGUCACUGAAACUGUUUAGCGAACUGAAUCAGUUAGGUGUGCCUUGGGACCUGACAACACUGCUCAACAAAACCAGACGAUUUGAAGCUUCAGAACCACGAGACCGCGUCUACUCCCUUAUAGGCUUGACAGAGGAAGCUGGCGAAACUUCUGUCCUGCCGACAGCGCUUCGAGCAAAUUACGACAAGCCAGUUCGGGAUGUUUUCCGCAAUAUAACGCGAUAUAUUAUCAUGUCGUCUAGAAAUCUCAGCAUUCUUACGCUGAUUCGCUAUCAUCCCGAUUGGGACACCUAUCCUUCCUGGGUUGUGGAUUUCGCUGGUGAUGUAUUAUGGGAGAGAAUAUCGUACUUUGCGUGGAGCCCUCACGCAAAGGGUUGGCGGUCGGUCAAGGAAAUAUCAAAUAACGCUGCCGGGGGCCUUCCAGUUGAUGUCCAGCACUCGUCAGACGACAUUCUUGCCGUAAAGGGUUUCCGAGUCGACGCUAUCAAUGCCGUGUGUGAGGUCAUGUCGAGCUCUGUUCUUAACUCGUUUGGUCCCCAGGCGCUGGUUGUAUUCAACGAGACGUGUCGCCGCCUUGGAGCCCGGUAUACGACAAACGAGGCACUUGCACGGGCGGUUAUGAUAACACUGUCGGCGAACUGGAACCUCACCAACCAGGAGCGGGUAGUAGAUCAGUCAACCAGCCACUUCUGGGCAUACUUGUGGGAAGCAAAUCACAGGCUGCGUAAUGAAGCAGCGCCAGACAGAGACCAGGCAGAAUUCGAAAAGGAUUGUGCCAACCGUUUAGCUAAUAUAGUGUCAGAUGUUGAGGCCGACGCAAAUAUCUACCGUCUUCAUCUGGAUACAGCGCAUUACCACAGAGUGUUCUUCACAGAAGAUCAAACGUAUAUUGGUCUUGGGCCAAGUAUCAUGCAGGAAAAUGAUAUUCUGUGUAUACUUUUUGGAGGAGCGACACCGAUGGUCCUGCGACCUGUUGGGGAUUCUUAUCUCUUUGUCGUGAGCCCCGAGCCGACAACAAGUCCCAAGCCGAGACACAUCGGCGAUGCGAGACGGCAGGCCAAACUCGAGCAUGAGGCGCGGGCAUUGAGCAAGGGUCACAUGCCGCGAACGUCAUCAUGGGACACGUCAGCAAUGAGUGCCGGGAUGUGGCGCAGGGGCUGA